GGUAGAGCUGCCACGAGUAUAUAUGGCCUAGUUGGUAGCCAACGACUGUGCGAUAUGCCACGUACUUCAGGACUGUGUAGGCUUUAGGUAGACCUUUAUGGAUAGGAUUUCGGGCAUAUUUCAUCCGUCCAAAUACGUAUAAAAGCACAAGGCGUACCAAACCUAUUACCUUUGAACGUGGCGUGUACUCGGGCAUUGACAACGGGAGCCUUGGGAAGGAAUAAUGGGCCAGGGGCCCUCGUCGCCUCGUCGGCAGUACGAGGAGACGGGGCGGUUUCCUAACGAGCUGGGUGGCAACUUGCAGCCUGCUUCUACUGGUGACAGUAUGCGUCCAGCACCUAUGCCGACAGCUGCUUCUGUGGGUCCGGCCAACAUUGCAACGUCAACGCGGCCUCCUGCCCUUUCUUUCGAGGCCGUUCCAGCAGCUUCAACGGCAGCAGCGACACUUAGCACUUCGCACGCUCAGACAGCGGCACCACCUGUGGCAGCUGCCACACCAACAGCUCCAAUUGCUAUUCAGCAGGCCGGAGCUCCUCAGCAACAGCAGGCACAGCCGCAGCAGCAGGCACAGCCCCAACAGCCACAGCAGACCCAACAGCGCAGCACCUCGCACAAGUCGACGGCGCUUAUCCCUGGCUGGUCGCGUGCUUUGUCGUCGCAAGCGCUGCAGCUUGAGUGCCAGAAAGCUCACCAGCCACAGCGCACAGACAAUGCGGCAGACAUAUACGCGGUGCUGGAGCUGGAGGUUAUGAAGUAUGUUGCAUACUGCGGUGGGAUUACUGUCAAGUUCCGCGUAGAUGAUCUCCACUAUGGCCCCGUGGACAACAUUGUUUGGGGUUUGGCCUCGACGCGCGCUUGUCCAGCUCUGCAGACAACUGCACCGCAGUCCCCUACGCCCUCAUCCAGUGCUGCUGCGAGUACGGCAGCCCCCGUGGCGCAGGUUGACCCAGGGGCCGCCCUGCCGACAACUCCCGCCUCCCCCACAACAGCAGCCGGUGCGGGCCCUAGCACCCCCACAGGCGCCCCGCAGGGGGCAUCCGGUUGCACCUGGUCUCCUGCCCCGAGCACCGCGGCGGCAUCAGGUGCGGCGGCAUCAGGGGCAUCCCCAGUCAUUGCUCCCAGCAGCAAGGCCCCUACCGUGGCAGGUGUGCCCGUGGAUAGUAUCUCCCGCAAGCCGCUGUACAUGAUCAGCUCAACCAGCACUCAACGCGUGGUGCAGCUGGGUGACGUGUUAAGCCUUGACCUAGCGCCCCGAGAGGACAAGCAGCCUGUCAUCAUGGCAACGCUCAAGCUGAACGAUGCUGUGUUGUUGCAGUCUUCCCUGCCAUGCAGUAUCAUCUCCUCCCUGCAGAUGUACCCGUUCGUUACCGUUCUGCCUGGAAUGUCGAUAUCGCUCCACGAAGCCACCACGCCCAGCCCGCUGUACACCUGGUUUAGCCCAACACCCAACGGUGCACCGGAGGCGCAGCUUUGCGAGCUUGACACUUGCGUGAAGUACCAUACCUCUGCCACGACUCCCGUCAACCUGAACCAGCAGGGCUGCGGCACCAGUGUUGAUUUCCAGGGCUCGACCGUUUUCACAAGCGGGCGUCACCGCUGGACUGUGCAGCUGGAUAACUACGGACCGCACCCCACGCACAUCUACGUGGGUAUCUCAACCUCGUCCCUCGACACGCCCGUGGCGAGCGGUAGCAACAUCCUUUCUAGCUUUGCGGGUCCGUUGCGUGCCCUGAACGGGAGCGGCAGCGCCGGUGCAGGCCCUUCUUCAGCGGCUGCAGCUGGGGCCAUGCGCAUGCCUGGAGGCCCGCUGCCGGGCCCCAUUGCGUUGGCGGCCGGUGCAGCGCGCCCAUCCACCGCCGCCGCUGGCAGCAGCGCUGCCGGAGGCGCCGGGCCAUCUGGGUCACAGACCCCUCCUGGCAACGGUGUCGAUGCCACACCGUCCAUUCCGCGCCCGCAAGGCAAAUGGGGCGCGUGGAUGCGGCUUCCAGGUACCAACGCGGCAAAUAACGCCAAUCCCUCGCCGCUCAACGUACCACCGCCGCCAAAGGAUGGUCUUGCGCACAUGGCCGAAUCCAGCUCCGCUCACUGCUUUAUCACCGUGGAUCUGGACCUGAACGCCGGCUAUGUGCGUUUCUUCCGCAACGGCCACCUGAUCGUGUCGGCCUUCACCGGGGUGUCCGCGCCCGUGUCGCCGGCCAUUGCCUUCGUUCAGGCGCCAGGGCUGCACUGCCAGGCGGGCCUUGUGAACCUGACGAAGCUGCGGCAGCUGGACCUGCGUUGGAACAGCGAGAACUGUUCCGGGGACCUACGCCUGAACGGCCACAGCGUGUCCAAGGUGUCGGAGGUGUACGGCGACUACUCCACCGUGCUGGCCAGCCAGGGCUUCAUUUCGGGAGUGCACCUCUGGCUAAUCAAGGUCAACAACCUGUCGGAGCCGGACUCCAUCUUCAUUGGCGUCUGCCGCGGUUGCAUGCCCCUGGACCAGGACCCUCAGGACCUCCGCGACCGCACGUACUACCUGUCCAACGGCGUUAUCCGCGUGGGCGGCCGCCGCGUGGCGACCAACGCCGCAAACUUCCAGAAGGGUGACACCGUGGGCUGCGUGUUGGAUGCCGAUCAGGGUGAGAUAAUCUUCUUCCGCAACGGUGUGGAGCAAGGCCGUGCGCGCGGCAUCCGCGGUCGGUUGUACCCCUUCGUGUCGUGCGACAGCGAGGGCGAUCAAAUCACACUGCUGGGCAGCUACAGCCUGCUCCUCAACCGCAUCCCACGCCACCUCGCGGACAUGGAGUGGGACACGCAACACCGCGGUCCCGACAUUGAUCUCUCCUCCAACUGCCUAACCGCCACCAAGUCUACCUCCAACGGUCCAUCAACCGUCCGCGGCACGAUUCAGUACAGCGGAUCGGGCACCCACGAAUUCCAUGUGAUCCUGGACACGCUGGGUCCCGACGGCGUCUGGGUCGGCGUCGCGCCGCCGCACAUGGACCCGGUGCGCUGCGUGGGGGAUGCUGGUUGCGGUUGGGCCCUUCACUCCGAUGGCGACAAGCGCUUCGACGGGCGCGAGCAGGAGUUCACGCAGGCCUUUAAGAACGGCGACGUAAUGACGGUGUCGGUCAACUUGGCAGCCGGCGUCAUACGCUUUGCCCGCAACGGGUCGCCGCUAGGCGUGGCGUUUGAGGGGGUGCGCGGGCCGCUCGUGGCGGCGGUUACGAUGGGCAGCGAGGAGAGCAAGGUCACCAUCCAGAACCGGCCCACGGUGCUCAACACGGGCGAAUACACUGGGGAGCUCAGGUGGGACGAGGCACGUGCCGGCAAGGACCUGAACGUGAUCGACGGCCUCACGGUGACCAAGAUGUCCAACGAGGGCGGCGACUACGCCACGGUGCUGGGCACGCUGUGCCUGGCGUCUGGGCAGCACAGCUGGAACGUGUACAUCAACCACGUGGAGGAUUCCAACCUCUUUAUCGGCGUUACGGUGGGCGGCCACGACCUGAACGCAGACCCGCAGGAGAUGAAGCACCGCACGUACUACCUUUCCAACGGCACCAUCCGCGUCGCGGGCAAGCUCAUCACGCGCUGCGCCGAGCCGUACGCCGAGGGCGACCUGAUCAGCGUGCAGCUGGACAUGGACCAGCGCCACAUCUCCUUCCUCAAGAACAACAUGCUGCAGGGAGCAGGAGAUGGCCUGCCAGACGAGGUGUGGCCAUACGUGUCGCUGGACAACAUCAUGGACUCCAUCACGCUGCACUCCAGCUCCAUGUUCGUGGACCUGGCGCACAGCCUGCGCUGGAACCCGCAGAAGGCCUCCAAGCACGCGCUGCUGUCGGCGGAUGGGCAGUCCUGCACCCUGCGGCCUGCCAUUAACCCAGCCACCGGCGCGGUGGAGGAGACCAGCGGCCAGGCGACCGUCAUGGGCUUGCGCGAGUACUGCAAGACAGAGGUCCACAGCUGGAUUGUCCGGCUGGAGCAGCAGCUGCCCUGCCAGCAGCCCGCCAACUUCCUGGUGGGUGUGGCGCCGCCGACCAUGGAGCUCAACCGCUCGCUGGGGGAGGAGCACUGCGGCAUCGGGCUGGACUACUUUGGCUACUUUUACGUCAACGGGCGAUACUUCCAUGUCACCAACCUGUCCAACUGGUCGAUUGUGGCCAAGCCGGUCAGGGGCUCAACGGCCAAGCACAAAGGCAAGGCCGCUCCUAUCUUCACGUUCGUGGAUGGCAAGUGCGAGGUGACCCUCACCUUGGACUUGAAGGAGGGCACUUUGAAGUUCUCCCACGGCGGGCGAGCCAUCGGUACCAUCGCGGGAGUCAAGGGUCCCCUCCACGCCGCCGUUACAAUCACCAGCUCCAGACAAUCGGCGUCGCUUGCGCCCGGGCCGAUCGGCAAGUCGGAACACACCAACGAGGAGCUGGUCAACAUCCUGAAGGCCAAGGGCUGCAUCAUUCCCCCGCGCCUGGAGGCGGCGAUGCUCGUCAUCCCGCGCGACCUGUUUGUGCCCAAGGACCGCCAUCGCGAGGCGUUCAGGGACCAGAAGGUCACCGUGCGCAUGUCCGACGGGUCCACCAUGACCCUGCCGCCUCCCAGCUUCGUGGCCAUGGCGCUGGAGAAGCUGGGACUGAGCACGGGGAGCGGGGCCACGUAUUUCCUGGACGUGGGCUGCGGGACUGGCUACGUGACAGCACUGGUUUCGUGCAUACUGGGAGAGAAAGGCGUCAUACACGGCAUUGAGUGCGUGUCUUCCCGCUUGGAGGCGGCCCGCAGCAACAUGAAGCAGCUGCGCGACCGAUUGGCCGUGCUGGACCGCACGCCCGGCUCCAGCAUCGCCGUCACCACGCUGGGCUGCAGCCCCGCCAAGUGCGUCUCCGCCAUCGAGCUCAGCCUCAGCAACGUGCUCAUCCCCGAGUGCACCGACGGCACCACCUACGACGCCAUCUACUGCGACGCCAGCCUGAGUGAGGAGGACCUGCCCACCUUCCUGUCGCUGCUGAAGCCCGGCGGCCGCAUGGUGGCGGUGAUCGAGGAGGAGUCGCUGCUGGUCACGCGCUCCGCCAACCCGCAUGACUUUGACCGCGAGGUCAUCUCACAGGUCAUCGGGGACUUUGGUGAGCUGGAGGACCCAACGCCAUGGGAGGUACAGGAGGCCAUCGCGCGCAUCAAGGAUCGCGAGCGGCGGCGCGGCGUUGAGGCGGCGCGCGCCGAGAUGGCGGCAAUCCGCUCUUUUGAGACGGCGGAGAUGCAGCAGCGCGUUAGCGCGGCCAUGCAACGCAUCGGCGAGCUGGAGGGUGUCGUCGCACGCAGCAACAUGAUGGCACAGCAAGCAGCGGCCACAGCCGCACCGCCCAACGGUGCUCUGCCCCUGGAGUGCUUACCCUCGGUCGUGGCGCCGCCACCGCUGUCAGCCACCAGCUCCGCUCUUCGCUCUCCUGUGAUGGCCAGCUCGCCAGUGCGGCCGCAUCCCUUGCAACACCCGCCAAGGUCGCCCAUGGGCGCCGCAGCGAUGCGCCUGUCCGGCGUGGACGACGUCCGGAUGGUAAUCAAGGACAAGAGCCGGCGUGCGGCAGCAGGAAUCAACGCAGCUGCGGGCAACAAGCCCUCGCCGCGCGGGCGGCACCACGCCGGCAGUGCCGGCGCUUCGUCGGAUAGCAACUGGGAUGAGCGGGAGCGGGGUCCGUGGGUGGCACAUGGCGGCUCGGGCUCCAUGCGGUCCUCGCGCAGCAAGUCGUCGAGCAACAACACCGCUGGGGGGGCUGCCACGCACGCCCACCCGCACCUGCAUUCGGGAGCGGAUGAUGAGCACGACCAGGCCACGGACGACUAUGACGAGGAGCUGGACUUGGCCGGCGUGGUGCUGGACGCUUCCGGCGACGUGCACGUGUCCAUGCCGCAGACCACCUUUGACGACCUGCUGGACAGCGUCUCCACGGUCCAGUCCUUCACGGUGGAGCAGGUGGAGGCCAUGAUGGUGAGCGGCAGCCCGCCCGUCACGGUGGAGGGGCGCGAGGUGUUCAUGGGCAGCUUCAAGGGCGUCAAGGUUCGCAUCUGGAAGGUCCCCGUCAGCCACUCCGUCUCCUACCUGGAGCUGCGCCGCGCCUACAGCCGCUACUGCAUCUCCCACCCCAACAUCACCGCCGUGCUGGGUGUGUGCAUCCAGCAGGCCAGCAUCCCAAUCGCCUGGGCUGAGGAUGACGCCAACUCGCCGUCCACGUCGGUACCCGCGUCUACCUCCACCUCUCGCGCCGCUACGCCGCAGCGACCCACGCAUGCAGGUGUAAGCGGCUUGCGCAGCCCCUCACCGAUGAAGGCGCCGGCACCGCAGCCCGAGGACGCUGCCGGCAGCACCGGCUUUGCCCUGGGUGUACAAGCGGAACGUCUUCAGCAGUAUCAGGUGUUGUGGGUGGUAGAAGAGGCGUUUGGGGAGGAAUCCCUACAUACGCGGCUUGAGCGCGGCCUCCUUAGCUGGCAGCAGGUGGUGCGCCUCAGUUCGGACAUCUGCAAAGCGUUGGCAUUCUUGCAAGACCUGCGGCCCACAGGUUCCGCUACCGUCACUGACGUGGCCGGAGCCGGCGGCCUGCGCAGCUCUGAAGACUCUACAGGUGCCGGCCCAUCAUCACAAUCCUCCGACGCAGCUCAGCAGCCGCAACAACAACAACAACAGCAACCCAGCGCGUUGCUGCUGUCGCCACACGCGUUGCGGUCGCUGGUCUCGCCCGCGAAUGUGCAGGUGGACGCGCAACAAUGCAAGCUCAGCAUGCUACCUGUGUUGCUGAACCAGCUAGAAGCUGCGCUAGGCCCCUUGGGUGACGGCGGCGGCAGCCUGCUUACCGUCCAGGGCGUGGCAGGCGGCAUGGCGGUAGCAUCGAACUCUGCGGGGACAUCUGGGCCGGGGGGCAACCCUGCCACGCCGCUUCAUUGCGACAUGGCCUACAUCGACCCCGCCAUCCUCUUCGUCGCACCCGAUGCCUCCGCUCCCACUAGCUUCUACGCCUUUGCAGUGGUGCUGCUGCAGCUUCUGACGGAGCAGGGCCCGCUAGGGCUGCUGUCACUGGUGCGCGAAGCAAUCAGCGGAGGCAAGCUACGCAACCUGGUCCAGCGACUGCCCACCGAGCCCGAGAGCGCUAUGAUCGGCUGGGCCGAAUCCUUUGCCAGGUUGGCCCUGCGCUGCGCGGUACCCGGCUGCAUCACCUCCCUGGAAUCCGAGGUACUGCCAGCGCUUGAGGAGCUGGGAACACGGCUGGUGACGCUGGGCUCUGCUGCUUCGCUCAGUUGGGAGCAGGUGGAGGAGAUGCUCAUGCUGCCGCUGCAGCCGCGGCCCAUGGCGGGUCCCGGCGGAGGUGCUGCAGGAGGCGGUGCUGCCGCGGGUGGGCUGGAUACGGUGCAUCGGCGCUGGGUGAAGCAAGACUUCCGCUGGCGACGCAAGCAGUUCCUGCAGGAGGUGGGGAAGCUGGCGGCGGAGGGGCCGGUACACAAGUUGGAAAUCCGGCGCAACCGCUGCUUUAAGGACUCGGUUGUCAUCUUUGCCGGCAAGGGCCAUGCCGUGUGGCGGCAGCCGCUGAAGGUGACGUUCAUCGGAGAGGCCGGCAUGGACAGCGGCGGCGUGACGCGGGAGUGGUUCUCCACGCUCUCCUCCGCCAUCUCCCGCGGCUCACCCGAGCUCUUCUACACCGCCGGGCCGCAGCGCAACCAGCUCUACGUCACGCCUACCUCCUCCUCGCCCGCGCACCUUAAGAAGUUUGCGUUUGUGGGGCUGUUCAUGGCCAAGGCGAUUCUGGAGAGUGCGGCGCGCGGCAAGGAGCUGGGUCCCAUCACGUUGAACCUGCCGCUGUGCGAGCCCUUUUGGAAGCUGCUGCUUGGCAGUCCGCUGAGCCUGGUGGACCUGCAGCAGCUGGACCCCACGGAGUUCCGCUCGCUCAUGUCCAUCCUGUCCAUGGACAUUGACGGGCUGAUCUUUGAGAACUUUGUGUGGUCGUUCCAGCACCCCAACGCGGGCAGCAGCGGGGCAGCGGCGGGAGGGAACUCCACGGCGGGCGCUCCCUUCAACUCCGGUCUCUUCGGCAACAACAGCGCCGCCGCAGCCGCAUCCACCAGCGCCGCCGCCACCACCAGCGCCACGGAGGAGGUCUCCACGCCAACUGCCGCCACCACCGCCGCUGCGGCAGCAGCCUCGCCGUUUGCCUGCUGCGACAACGACGACGUGUGCGCCAACGCCAUUCCGCUCAAGCCCGGCGGCAAGCACAUCAAGGUCACCAACUCCACGAAGCGUGAAUACGUGCUGCUAAAGGCGCACAAGAUGCUGGUGGGUACGGUGGAGGCGCAGAUGAGCGCGCUCAUCGACGCCUUCCACUCCAUCAUCCCGCGCGACCUGCUGGACAAGUACGGCUUCAGCAGCCAGGAGAUGCAGCUGCUGGUGUGCGGCGAGCAGCGGAUAGACAUCCAGGACCUCAAGCGGCACUGCAAGUACGAGGACGGCUACACGGGCAAG